CGCAGGGGCCCACUUCCAUCGCCAGGGAUGGAGUCUGGACUGCGCGCCUCUCUGAAGCCAGAGCCCAGCCUCGGCCCUGUUCUCCCCUGAAAUGAGCGCUCUCGGGGCGCCCCCUCGUGGACAGUGGAGCUAGCCAGCCCUGAGUGCCGAGCGAUGGCCGCUGCCCUGGCGCCGCGCCCACAGCCUGCUGCGGGGAACCAGACGCUGCAGGAACAUUACAACUACGUGGGGAAGCUGGAGGACAGGCUGAAGGACGCCUCCGAGGCCAGCACGCUCACCACUGUGCUCUUCCUGGUCAUCUGCAGCUUCAUCGUCCUGGAAAACCUGAUGGUUCUCAUCGCCAUCUGGAAAAACAAUAGGUUUCACAACCGCAUGUACUUCUUCAUCGGCAACCUGGCUCUCUGCGACCUGCUGGCUGGCAUCGCCUACAAGGUCAACAUCCUGAUGUCGGGCAAGAAGACAUUCAGCCUGUCCCCGACCAUCUGGUUCGUGAGGGAGGGCAGCAUGUUCGUGGCCCUGGGGGCGUCCACCUGCAGCCUGCUGGCCAUCGCCCUGGAGCGGCACUUGACCAUGAUCAAGAUGAGGCCGUACGACGCCAACAAGAAGCACCGCGUCUUCCUGAUGAUCGGGGGGUGCUGGCUCGUCGCCUUCCUGCUGGGCGCCCUGCCCAUCCUGGGCUGGAACUGCCUGCACAGCCUCCCUGACUGCUCCACCAUCUUGCCGCUCUACUCCAAGAAGUACAUCGCCUUCUGCAUCAGCAUCUUCAUGGCCAUCCUGGUGACCAUCGUCAUCCUGUACGCGCGCAUCUACUGCCUGGUCAAGUCCAGCAGCCGCAAGGUGGCCCACCACAACAACUCGGAGCGGUCCAUGGCCCUGCUGCGGACGGUGGUGAUCGUCGUGGGCGUGUUCAUCGCCUGCUGGUCCCCGCUCUUUAUCCUCUUCCUCAUUGACGUGGCCUGCAGGGUGAAGGAGUGCCCCGUGCUCUUCAAGGCUCAGUGGUUCAUCGUGCUGGCCGUGCUCAACUCUGCCAUGAACCCUGUCAUCUACACGCUGGCCAGCAAGGAGAUGCGGCGGGCCUUCUUCCGCCUGGUCUGCACCUGCCUGGUCAGGGGGAAGGGGGCCAACUCCUCGCCCGCCCAGCCUGCUCUCGACCCCAGCAGAAGCAAAUCGAGCAGCAGCAACAACAGCAGCCACUCCCCAAAGGUUAAGGAAGACCUGCCCCAUGCAGCGGCCUCGGCCUGCAUCACCGACAGAAACAAAACGCUUCAGAAUGGGGCCAUCUGCAAGUGAGCGUGCCCGCAGCCCAGCCUGCAGCUGUGCUCUUAUUUAUUGCAUGCACGCAUUGCUUCCACAUGGACGCUGCCAGGUCUACUGCACGUGGACGUGCCCAGGAGGCAGCCAGGGAUUGCCAGCCCAUUUCAGUGCAGACGACGUGCCUUGUCUGCUCCAGGCCCCAGCGUCUUCGGGAUGUCCUGAGCUGCUGACGUGGUCUGCUGCCUUCCACUGAGCCCGCACGUCACUCACUCCCUGUGCUCCACAGGGAGGGACAGGGAGGCGCACACGAUGUGAAGUGGCCUUCUCAGUGUGAAGCGCCCCUGGAUGAUGGGCGAGGACCUUACAGGACGCUCACCGUGCAUGCAGUGGGUGCGUGUGUACGCUUACAUUUCCAUGCCACCUGGCACCUGUGUCCUAGGUGUUGGCUGGUGGGACCUAUCGAAGUGUCCAUGCACCAUGCAACUAUUUAACAGCUUGUACGAGUGCGUUCUGAUGGAACCCCAGUACAAGGAAUCGGUCAUUAGGUGCCAUGCCAUCCCCAGUCUUCUCAGACUGACACGAAGUCUCACGUGAAGCAGGUUUUUAAGACCUAAGUUCCCAAAGAGGUGUCAUCCAAGGCUGGUCCUGGGGUGUGGGUGUGGCCCAGCCCUCGUCCCUUCAGUCAUGUGUCUCUGUACAAGUUUAAGCACACCCACGAUGGCACGACUGGGUUUCUGCAAAGCACAGAAAAGCCAGCCAAGGCCUCCCAGGAGCCUGCAUCCCCAGACUAUCCGUAGGAAGCACCCAUGAGGGAGAAAGCAGUCCGACGGCUGACCCGGCUCGCCGCCCUAGAAAUGGCAUGCCCAUCUGCUCCAGGGAGCGCAGAGGUCCCGUGGGAGGAGGACAGGCUUGCAAGACAGCACUUCUAGUCUCUGCUGAGUCUGAUUCUGUGUCAGGACAGCACCAGGUCAGUGAUCCCCCACGCCGUCCACAGUCGGGGCUGGGGCCACCCAAGCUUCUGGAAAGCGACCCCAUGCUGAACGCUGGGAGGAGGAUGAGCUUGUCCGACUGGGCAGUGUGAUCAGCAGCUUCCGUGGUCUUCAAAGAGACGUGACCUUCCCAACAUGAUGCCCGACAGCACUCCUCGAGGUUGGGCUGAGCUGACAGAGCUCGGCGAACCUUAGAAGGGGACGACUUGGAAGACAUCUUGUUUCUUCCCAGGGGUUCCACGCGCAAUGUCCAUCGAUGAAGAGAGGCGUGAACACGCAUGUGGAGCUGUCACAAACACGAAGGUGCUGUGUCAUUUGGAAAAAAGAUUAACAACUUCAAGAGGAUACGCUGCUGAGUUCCAGGGAGAGUUGUGCCUGAGCAUACCUAAAAGAACAUCUUAACCUGCCCAUUCCUUCUCCUAAGAGAAAUUGAUUCCUGUUUGCAUCUGGCCCAAGGUGGUCUUACUGAGGAACGUUUGGGAUUCCCUAGGUUCUGGGGAAACUCCGUGUGGAGGCUUUCUGACGUGUGGCUGAUGAGAGAACACCUGUGAGUGAGGAGAAGCUCACCAGGGCGGGUCUUGUUGGCCUCCUACACCACCAAGGAGUAGCUAUUCUCUUGUCGAAUAGCAUGAGGAAACAUAGGGCACUCCUAGAAAAGUACGGCCCUAAGUACUGGGUUAAGAACGUACGAAAAUACCAACGCAGGCCAUCCAGUGGCAUAUUGGCUGGGGCCCUGCAUCCCAUGUGGCCAACUGCAAGGUCCUAGUCCUGGACCCAUGGGUUCAAAAAUGCACCAGGCACAUGUAUGUG